UCUUCUUCUGUCACUCAACAACAUUGUCAAAAGUAACCUCUUCCAUUUCACUUUCCUACAAUACCAAACCUUGUCUUCAACCUCUCUCUCUCUCUCUCUCACCUUUUUCUUUCCACUUUUUUCAAGUCUUUAAUGGCUGCCCAUGUCAAAAUACCGCGUUAAACCAUAUUGGGUCGGUGCAAGUUACCAUUUUUCUUCUCUUUUUGGCUGUUCUUAAAGAUACCCACUUGAAGGGAAAAAAAAAUUCAUAUUUUUUUGUCUUUUUUCUGUUAAAAUUUGCUGAAAGUCCAUUUUGUUUUUCAAAGCUUUUCUUUUUCUCAUCUGGGUUUUGUUGAAACUGAGCUAAGAUUUUACUGAUGCAAUUUGCUUUUUUGUGUUAUGUGGAAUUUCAUUGAGAAGGGUGUUCAUGAGUUGGAAAUGUUCAAGUUGGUUAGGAAGAGGGAAAUUCAUUCAUAAAGUUAUAUUAUUUUUUUUGCUAACUUGGAUUUUGAUGGUUCAGUGGUUGAAUGCAUCAUUGAUUGCAUUUAUUAGUUCUGUUAUGCACUAAUCAUCGAGUUCUGUCUAAGUUGGUGAUUUUGGAUUAGACAGUGUUUAGGAUUAGAUAGUGUUUGGUACCAAGCUUUUGUGUAUCAGAAGCUUUUGUUUUUGUGAUUAUCAAACUUUUCCAUCAAGUUUAAUCAUUCACCUUUUUUCAUAUUGGAAGAAAGUGAAGUUGGAAUCUCUAUACUAGUGAGCUGUCAAUCUGUGGCUAGUUGUCUCAAUUGCACUUUUCUUUUAUGGAUAACUGAAAUUUUCAGAUUUUUCUUUAAAACUUGAGUUAAUUAAGGCAUGUGCAUGAAGAAAAAACGACAUUGAUACUUUUCCCUCCAAAGCAAGUUUAUAUUGUCCUAGAUAGCUUCACUCAGUUGUGAAACUUAGGGACUGAAAUUGGAAUUCCUAGAUGCUUUGUAAGUGGACUCAUCAAGCUGCAUCUUUGGCUUUUACUCUUUCAGCAUGUUUAUGCUUUGCUAUGCAAAAGGUUAUUCCACUGAGGAGUUUUGUAUUAACAUAAUCAACCAAAGGCUAAGAUUACCUUAUUAGCAUCCCAAGGAAAGGGGAAAGAGAAAAGAAGAAAAUCAAUUGUGCCAAAUUCAAUCAUCAUUAUGGCAAAGAGAUCCCAAAGAUUCCCUAUACAGUAUGAGAAAGAUCAGUCAGGUUGUAUGUCGGGUUUUAUUAGUAUGUUUGAUUUUCGUCGUGGCCGCUUUACUCGGAAGUUGAUUGUAGAUAAGAGGCACAGCAGCAAACAUGCUUUUGGUGCUGUACUUACCAAUAACAAAUUUGAGGCAUUGAGCAAUUUGGAUGAAGAAUAUCAAGGCAAUUUUGACAGAAGAGAGAGUAAGAGACUAACCGUGACAACGGAUGCUGACAAGCUUAGUGUGAAGAAACUCAUAGAAGAAGAGAUGUUCAUUGAUCAGGAUGAAAUAAGGGAUCAAGGUGAAGUUGUGGAAUCAAAGCAAUCCGAAUUAGGAUCUGAAGAUUCCCUGAAGACAGAUUCCAAAAGAAAAAGAAAAUCUCGCAAGAAAAGCCGAGAGAUGGACACCAAUGAUCUGAGUGCAACUUUGAAAUCUGAAAUCUCACUUAAUCAGCUCUCAAAGCAACAAUCAAGAGAUAAUGUAGAUUUAGACAAGAUAAUGGAAGAUUUUUGUCAAAUUGAACGUGUUUGUUCUAUGAUGAAUGAUGACGAUGAUAGCAAAAUUCAUACUCAAUCAAACAAAAAGAAUAUUAGUUCUGAAGAACUUGCAAAAGAUGCAGUUCAUGAUUUUAUGAGACAGAUGAUAUUGAAUGAGAAAGAUCUGGUAGAAGAUAAAAAAUUCCUUUGCUCGCAUGAACUCAUGGAAACACUUCAGGUUAUAAGCUCGGAUAAGGAAUUGUUUCUCAAACUUCUACAAGAUCCAAAUUCACACUUACUGAAAUAUAUUCAGGAGUUGGAGAAUGCUCAAGGGAGAAGUGAAAAAGAAUGCAAUUCUGUUGCUGAUUCCAACUUCUCUGAACAAGACCUCAGCAGUCUAAAACAAACUAGUGAACUUGUCAACUGCAAGCGUCAUAACUUUUUCUGGAAAAAGGUUAAGUCUCAAUCAAAAGUUUCAACAAAUAAAAAUGGGAAAGCUGAGUUUCCAAAUAGAAUUGUCAUUCUGAAACCUGCACCAACAGGCAUGCGAAAUUCAGAAAGUGAAAACAACAUUGCUCCGUCACUUGACUCUCGUGAUAUUGUCUGUUACAAAGGUCCUUCUGUGAGAGUUGGUUCGCACUUUUCUCUUACAGAGAUAAAAAGAAAACUAAAAAAUGCUAUCGGAAAGGAGAAGCAUGGAAACCACAAACUCCCUACCGAAAGUCAAAACAUUGGCUCAAAAGGCAAAGCCAUUGGUAAAGAUAAAAUUGGAAUGAAAUCUCCUAAUAAAGACCAUUUCUUCAUUGAAAAAAUUGCAAGACCUAUGUUUGAUGUUGUGCAAGGAAACAAGACUAGUACAUUGAAUGACUCCAAAGUUAAUGUGGAAUAUGAAAGUGGUUCCACGAAGGAAAAGGUUUCUAACAUAUACAUCGAAGCUAAGAAACAUUUGUCUGAGAUGCUAGAUAAUGGAGAGGAGAACACAAACAUUUCUACCAGGCAGAUUCCGAAAACCCUUGGGAGAAUACUGUCCCUUCCUGAGUACAACUUUUCUCCUCUUGGAAGUCCUGGAGGGAAUUCGGAGCAUCAUUUUGUGACUGUGCCUGCGAGAUUAUCCGCAUCAGAUAAAAAUUGGGAGGUUAACAAGGAUAACUUGUCUCCCGAGCAAGCAACUUCUAUUGAUCAACCAGAUGACGGAACAAACAGGUCAGAAAACCGGUCAAGCGUUUGUGAUGAAAGAUCUAACGAAGAACCAGAAAUUAAGUCAACUUUCUCACAUGAUCUUGGUCUUGUUGAUACUGCUGAAGCCAGUUAUCUUGUUAGAGAUGAGAUAGUUGUGGAAGGUAAUGUAGAAUUCACAAAAGAUAUAGAUGUUUUGGUGUCUUCCUCGGAUACAAGUGGCUGCAUUGCAGGGAAGGACCAAAAUCAUGAUUUCUCAGAAAUUCUUGAUGGUGCUAGAUGUUCUGAAUGUUUGAAUGAGGAUUUGACAGAAGAAAACCAACCAUCAUCUCCACUGUCAUCCCCCUCUCACUCUUUCAACGCUAAGAAAAUUGAAGAGCUAGAAAGUAGUACUGAUGUAUCUGGGCGGCCAAGUCCUGUAUCUGUGCUCGAUAUACCAUUCUCCGAUGAUGAUCCUGGCUACUCCACAUGUCAGCCUGCUAAAUUACGAGUACAGCCGCUACAAAUUCAAUUUGAGGAACGUGACUCUUCGCCAGUGGAUCGAUUCAAUAGAGGAAGGUGUUCUCUCGAAGAAAAUGAAUUGAUAUAUGACUACAUAAAUGCUGUCUUCCAAGCUGCUGACUUGACACAAGAUCAACUAAUGAUGAAAUGCCUUUCCUCAGACAGAAUACUAGAUCCUUCUUUGUUUGAUCAGGUAGAGUUCUUCUCAAACAUGCUUUGUCGCGAACAGAAGCUCCUGUUCGACUGCAUCAACGAGGUUCUCAUGGAAGUUUGCUGGCAUUACUUUGGGCUCUCACCUUGGGUAUCAUUUGUAAAUCCUAGUAUAAGGCCAACUCCAAAUAUGAAAACGGUUAUUCUCAAGGUCUGGGAAGGAGUGCACUGGCAUGUCCUUCCUUUGCCUCCACCGCAUACUUUGGAACAAAUUGUUAAGAAAGACUUGGCAAAAAAUGGAACAUGGAUGGACCUUCGAUUCGAUGCUGAAACAGUUGGUUUUGAAAUGGGCGACGCUAUUCUUGCAGAACUGAUGGAAGAUACAAUAUUGAACCUUGUGAAUCAAAGUAAUGAAAGUUAAUGCUCUCUCCUUCAAUUUGUAUUUGAAGAACCAUGAGAGCAGCAUUAACUUGUUGUAGAAGACAACUCAGUACUUUUCUCUCAAGCAAGCUGUUAAGUAAAUUCCUUAUGUGUGAAGAGAAUUAAAAUUAUAUAUACAUUGCGCAUGGGAACAUAAAUUGGCCAGGAGCAAUAAUGGGGUGUCAUAAGCUUCUUUAAUCAUACAUGAUGGAAAAUAUAAUGUGAAUGAGGACACUCAAUAAGGAACCAAAAGUUAAAAGAAAAAUGCAGGAAGCCAGCCAUUUGCAAUUGGUUCUUGCAAAAGUUCUAAAGUAGGCUUGUUUUCAAUGAUAACAGACAAAGUAGCAGUUUUAUUUGGUGUGACAUACUUCACCUUGUGAGGGCUAAAGGUUGUGUAGAUUUUGUAAAGUUUGAUUUGCUGAUCAUAUUACCUGGUGUGUUAUAAUUUUGUUUGACACAAUCCUUACUUUGUAUAUUUGCUUUUUGGUUAACCUAUUGUAAUUCAGUGUGUGGAAAUAAUGAAAUAAGAUAUCAGUUUGGUUUA